AAGAUAUGCAUGUAGUUACACAGGGGUCGGGGAACUCCGGGGAUCGGGGGCCUAGUAGCUCUGGCUGCGAAUAGAAAGGAGCGAUCCGGCUCUUUGCUUGCAAAAAGGUUCCUAGGACGUUCACAACUUUGUGCUAAUCUUGCCCUCUUGUCUGGUCCCCCCUGGGAUCUGCCUGUUUCAUGGGACUCCAUCUUUGUAAGGGGCAUGUGGCACUGCAUUCUGGGAAUCAACCAUCUGGCACCCUGACAGUAUUUAGAAGAUUCCGCACUAUUACCACAUCUGUGCCGUUACUGCAGGAGUGGGGAUGACUGGCUUGUGACUUUCUAUGAACUAUUUACAUCAGUAAACGGGACACUGGGUCUUACAGCAGGGGCCACACAUCAUUCCUCUGGGCCCCCAGUCUCCUCUCUGACAUGUCCAGACUGGAAGAGAUUGCCAACGUGGUGCUCAGACUUCCCAGCGUUGUCGUCUUGGAUCUGUUAUACCGAUGGGACUUCCAGGCAUUUACAGAGCUCAGCCGACCAACGUAUGAAACAAACUUUUUCAAGUCAAAAUAUCUGUGGAAUAUUUAUUAUCUCGCUCACGUGCUAUGUGCCGUUCUGCUGCUCCUUCCCCUGCGGUACCUGGUCAGUAUCUACCUGUAUCUGCUGACGGCCCUGCUCCUGUAUGUAGGGCACCAAACUACAAGGGACUAUAUUCAUCAGGAGAUGGACUCGGACUUCCCUGGGGCUCUGUUUGAGGACCAAGGCGCCCUGAGCCGCAUCAUCACUGCAUUGACUGGAUUGGUGAUUGUGGGUACUCUGUGCUCCCUGCUCAUGAAGACCCGGCACGCCUGGCUGUUCUGUUCUCCAGUACUACCUCUGCUGGGCCGAAUAGUUGGACUCCCGCUUCAGGCCCUGCCUCCACUCAACAACUUUUCCAUAUUCCUGACUGUGCUGGGAUCUCUCUUCUACGUGCUGUCCAACCUGGGGGUGCUCUUAAUCCUAUUCCGGAAGGUGUACCAAGAGAUUGUGCAGGUUCAAGAGCUUGACAGGGUGGUGGCUCUGGUAAUGCAGCUCUGGACACAUCUGGCUGUCCCUCUCCUUUUCCUGGUCUUUUGGUUGGUGUCAUUCAGCUUCCAUAUUGUCUCCUUCCUGUCAUCCAAGCCUGGAGCUCUGGGACAGCAAGGGCUGAUUUUCAUCUUCCUGAACAGUGCUGCCGAAUGCUGUGGGACUCCAUAUUGCCUUAUUGGUCUCACCUUCACGGUCUCUUAUUUGGCCCUGGGAAUGCUCAAUUUCUGCAAGUUCUACCUACUGGGCUUUGAUGCCUUUCGGAAUGGCAAUGUCAUGCACAGGGGCGUAACGGAAGGGGUGACCCUAAUGCUGCUGGCUCUGCAGACAGGGCUCCUCGAUCUUCAGGUGCUUCAGAGAACCUUCCUCCUUAGCAUCAUCCUCUUCAUUGUCGUCACCUCCACACUACAGUCUAUGAUCGAGAUUGCCGACCCUAUAGUGCUGGCGCUUGGAGCCACCAGAAACAGGAGUCUAUGGAAGCAUCUACGUGGGGUCAGUAUGUGCCUUUUCCUGCUGGUGUUCCCCUGCUUCAUGGCCUACAAGAUUUCUCAGUUCUUCCAUAUGGAUUUCUGGCUGCUGAUCUUGGUAUCCAGCUGUAUGCUGACAUCCCUGCAGGUUCUGGGGACACUGUUUAUUUACGCUCUGUUCAUGGUGGAGCUUUUCCAUGACAGCCAGGUGGAAAAAAUAGAUGAGAUAAUUUACUACGUGAAUGCCGUAAGCCGCGUCCUGGAGUUCCUCGUGGCUGUUUGUGUGGUGGCCUAUGGCACGUGGGAGUCUCUGUUUGGCGAGUGGAGCUGGAUGGGGGUCUCUGUCAUUAUAGUCCACUCCUAUUUCAACGUCUGGCUGAGAGCUCAGUCUGGGUGGAAGAGCUUCCUGCUGAGGAGGGAGGCGGCCAAGAAGAUCAGCUCAUUGCCCAUGGCUACCUCGGAGCAGCUGAGGGCUCAUAAUGAUGUGUGCCCCAUUUGUUUCCAGGACAUGUCUGGCGCCGUCAUCACUCCGUGCAGCCAUAUUUUCCACGGUGAAUGUCUGCGUAAAUGGCUUUAUGUCCAAGACACCUGCCCUAUUUGUCACCAGCAGGUGAAGCCCCUUGCAGAGACACUAAGAGAAGGAGAAGAAAAGAGCGAGGAGGAGGAAGAGGUUGAGGCAGAUGAAGAAGUGAGGGCAGAAGUCACAGCCCACGGAUUCAGAAGAAACCAAUGUAAUCCAGAAAGGGGGAGAGAGGAGAUGGAGCUAGGAGAGGACAGACGGGAUCAAACCAAUGGAGGAGGUGAACGCAGAUGUGAUGCAAAGCAUGAGAGAGAGGAGGUGGAGGAAGAAGAUGAAGGAGAGAACUCGGCCAGCGGAGGAGGAGAAGGAUCCCAUCUAGAAGGGGUGGGACAGGUGGAGGUGACUGACUGUGGCAAAUAAGACUGUCAGCCUUAAAGUAAGGGAGCUGAAGAGAUAAAAGGCUUACUCCAGCGAAAGGAGGUCGAAAGUCUGUGAAGACAGUAUGGUUGGGGGAACAGAUCUCCGGCACCCCCCUAGACUUUGCCCCCACCCCGAGUGCUCUAGAAACAGGACAGGCUUCCUGUACAACAGAUUUGCCAUAAGUGCAAGUGAGGUAGGAAAUAGAAUAGACGGAUCGGAGCAGGAAGGAGAAGGGGCUUGAUCGUAGCAGAUUUAGGAGACUGCUGGAGUUUAUUUCUGCAGGGAAUUCCGGUACUUUGCUAAAGUUAAGUAUUUCCUAGAAACGCUGGGACCUUGAGACCAAAGGGUUAAAUUCAAAUUCAGGGACUAUAAAACCUGUGCUGGGAGGAGGCUGCAGGGUGAGUUGAUUUCGUCUUGCAGGUUCCACAGUGUUGCCUUUGGAGGUUGCACAUUGCAGAGGUGAUUGGCUAUUGGCCAAAGAUUUGGGGGUGAAGGUACCCUGCCCCCCCCACUGUAAGAAAGAGGGACUUGCAGUAUUGCCCCAGAACCUGAUGCCGUUAAUCAGAGGAAAAUCCAUGCAGUAGGGUCGGGAAGUUUGGCAGUAUGUCUGGGGCGCCCGAUCGCUGGCGCGUUUACAAGAAGUAUUUCUCUGCUUCAGGGUCCAUAACGUACGCAGCACAAACACUAACCAGUAGCCUUAAUUUGUACUGUCUGCAGCCGGGGCAGUGGGAGUGAUAGGGUUCCUCUGAGCCCUGUCUGUUCUGCUUGUCUGGCUGCCAUCAUUGUUAUGCCCUGAGGCCUUUCCCUUGUAAUAUGCAAUGCCAGUGCACUAAAUAAAUGUAUGGAAACGUG